AUGAACUAUCCAGAAGCUACGAGGCAUGAUUACCGGAGCAAUACUCUCUGGCAGAAGCUAGGAGGAGACUUGACUGCAGCAACCUUCUCUGCAAUUUUAGUAUCUCCCACAGUCACAAUUAUUGACAGAGCUCUUGUCGAGAAAGCCUCCUACCACAAGCCUCUCCCUCACAGCCUACGCUCUCACGCCCUUGCUGCGCUUCAAAGCCCUAAACGGUUUAUCUUCUCUCGACCCUAUGGCUAUAACUUUACAUUAUAUGCCACUACAUACUUUGUCGCCAACGGAUCUGAAACUGUAACGAAAGAAACACACCCCUCUAUCUCUAGCACUGUUACCUUCUUAUGCACAUUACUCGUUAAUGUUCCCCUCGGCGUGUGGAAAGAUAUUAGAUUCGCACAGGCCUUCGGUAUCUCAAACCACAAUGACCCAGCACGAAAGACUCUGCUCGUACCUAGAAGGACGGGAUCAGCAGCCGCCACAGCUACAUUUCUAGUACGAGAUGCAAUAACGAUAUACGGGUCGUUUCAGCUCGCGCAUCGCUGCUCGUCUGUUAUCCCUGACAGCCUAGCCUCUCAUCCUUAUUCCAAAAUUAUACUCACACAGAUGGCCGUGCCGGUUUUAUCACAGCUGGCCGCGACGCCGUUCCAUCUCCUCGGUCUGGAUCUGUAUAACCGUCAGUAUGCAGUACCCUGGACUGACAGGUUCUCCGUGGUCUGGAGAUAUUUACCCUCGGCGACAGUCAUCCGCUGCGUGAGAAUUAUUCCCGCAUUCGGAUUCGGAAUUCUUACAAACAUGGGACUGAGGUCGUUUUUCCAUAGCUGUACGUAGUGAUGAUCAUUUCAUAUAUUCAUAGAGUAC